AUGACCUCGCCAGGUCAUCACCAAAUGGACCCUACGACAGGCCUGUACCACCACUUUAUUCUCCGCCCAACUAACCCUCCUGAAAUACUACGGGGCGUGCGCAUCUGCCGGAACCGAGUGGACCAGGCGCCCUCGUCCGGUUCGGCAUGUAGACCCGGUCACGACCUUGGCCCAACCACAUGUCCCAACCGCAGUCGGGUCAUUUGGCUGAGGUAG